GAUUGUUUAGCUUAUUCAACGUGGUCACGUUCAGGAAUGACCUUUGCACCACAACAGAGACCGGAAAUCUUCCAGGAACAUGCUUGACGGCUUCGGAAUGCGCUUCUAGGAGUGGAUCAGCUUCCGGGAAUUGUGCUGCGGGUUUUGGAGUGUGUUGCUUAUUCAUUGUAAGUGGCGUUUGUGGUGGCACACAAACAAUCAAUCAGAAUUGCACCUUCAUUCGGAAUAAUGGAAAUCCCUUAGCCGAUACAAUUCCUAGUGAAACUUGCACUUACAACUUCAACCGGAUAUGUGAGAAUUUGUGCCAAAUUCGGCUAGACUUCCGAACAUUAUCCACUUUUGCUAGCAACACAGGAGUUUGUGGAACUGUAGCUGACUCAGUGAUGGUCACGAGUCCUUUUUCGUCUUCAUCCAAUGGGUUUCCUCCAACAGUUUGUGGAUUGUUAACUGGACAGCACAUGUACUUUGAAACGGGCACAAAUGGAACAUCAGCUGGAAUGCUCGCCAUCGUCAAAGGAUCUGGACCAGGCGGUCGAAAAUUCGACAUCAAGGCCACAUACUACACAUGCGACAAUUUGGCCAAAGCUCCGGCUGGAUGCACACAAUACUUCACGGGAAAAAGCGGAUCCUUCAAGUCCUAUAACCAUGCGGGGGGUCAGCUCUUGGCCAACCAGAACUACAAGCAUUGCUUCAGACAGGAGCUUGGAUUUUGCCGGUUGCAAUUGAGAGAAUCAGCCACUGAAACCCCCGACGCCUUUAUGUUGUCGAAUCCUGCUACUGCGGCUCAGACAACUUGUGACAAUCAAAACCAUGUAACGGUCAUGACGCUUACCGCUGGGAUGAUAUGUGGAGGGCUUUUUGGCAACGACGGUGAUACGGGUCCUGCCACAGUCACAACUACAUCGGGAUCCUUUGAAGUCGGUGUUCGAAGCUUGGCCACCGUGAUCACCGGAAUCACGGGUUUCAAUCUGGAGUAUGAACAAGUGGCAUGCGCUUGACGGAGACAUCCAAUUACGUCAAUGAUAUUUUCGUUUUCUAUUGAUGCUUAACACUAUGAAAAAGAUUUCAAUCCGACCAUCAAUCCAUUUGGUUUACCAGUAAAAUUUAAGCAAAGACAGUA